GUAUCCUUCCCCAUAUUUUCCCCCUUGUGAAAUACACACAUAGAGAAAAAGAAAAGAAAAAGAAAAAUGAUGACUAUAAAGCCAUAACAAUAUGUCCCCAUUUGUUCUAUUCAGACAAGCAGUUCUGCAUGUCUUUCUCUUCUCUCUCUAAAAUACAAAACUCCCAUUUUCCAACCUUAAACCCCCAAUCUCUCACAUUCUUCCAUUACAGAAAGCUCUAAAUACCAUCUUCAAUGGCCACUCCCCCACUUCCAGAACAAACCCCCAGGAUCACCACCGAACCCCCCAAAACCAGAGCCGGCAGAAAACCCGGCCCAAAAAACCCCAACCAAAAAAAACCCCCUCAGAGAGGCCUCGGCGUCGCUCAACUCGAGCGCUUAAGGCUUCAAGAAAACUGGAAGACAGUUACUGAAAUCUCCCCUCCCACCUUCCUCCUCCACAACCCUUUACCCAAUUUCCCCCUCCACUUUCCCCCCGCCCCUGCCCCUAUCCUUCAUACUGACUGCAUCGGCUUUGACCAUCACGGUUUCGUCGUUCAGAGGAUCGGAAACAAUGGUGGGUUUCUCCCCGCCAGUGGAGUUUUGAUUGGGAAUACCAGCGUUGAGGCCUCCCGAGAGCUCUCUUCAAUCCCAAAAUUGCCGCUGGCGUGCGAUUCUGAUCGUUGUGAUCAUUGCUUCAAGAAACGAGUCAACUACAGUAACAGAAUGAAAGAGAAGAAUAUAAUCGUCGGCGCUGCAGAAACGCCUAGUUUCGAUUUUCUCGGACUGAGUACAAACUCCAGCGCAGAAUUAAACACCCACACCCACACCCACACCGUUAUGAAUCAUCACACAAAUUCCGAUUUGGAUUUGGAUUACGAUUUAAGUUUCAAUUUGAAGCAGGGAAGGGGCGGCGGAGGAGAUGGUGGUGAAGGGAGUAAAUUAAUGGAGUAUGAAUUUUUUCCAAGGAAAAAUGGCAGAGGCACAGAGAUCGAGGAACUGAAAAUGCCAAAGGAAGAAUUGAGUUUAUUUAGAGAAGAAAAUGAAGAAGAAGAAGAAGAAGUACUGGCAAUGGAUCAUGGAGAAGGUUCUUGUAUCACUACAAGCUGCAAUGAUAUCAUUAAUGGCGGUACCAGAAAUUCCACUGCCCUUGAUUUGUCUCUCAAGCUUUCAUUUUAGAUGCAAAAAUGGCGGAAUCCUUUUUUUCUUCAUGAUAUCCAUGUGAAUCAGAACCCCAUUUAUAUAUAUAUAUAUAUUAUAUAUACCCACCAUAUUUUUAUUUUGCA